AUGCUAAAUGGCAGCCCAUUUUAUGCAAAUGGGUUUAAUGCAUACUGGUUAAUGUAUGUGGCAUCUGAUCCAUCUCAGAGAGAUAAAAUCACUUUUGCAUUUCAAGAAGCUGCAAAUUAUGGCCUCUUGAUUGCAAGAGCUUGGGCUUUUGGAGAUGGUGGGUAUUCCCCUUUGCAGUACUCUCCAGGCUAUUACAAUGAACAUAUGUUUCUGGGGUUGGAUUUUGUGAUUUCUGAAGCUGGGAGAUAUGGGAUUAAGCUGAUUUUGAGCCUGGUGAAUAACUAUGAGGACUCUGGUGGAAAAAGACAGUAUGUGAAGUGGGCAAGAGAUCAGGGGCAUGACAUAGUUUCUGAUGAUGAGUUCUUUACAAACACAGUUGUAAAGGAAUACUAUAAGAACCACAUUAAGACUGUUCUUACAAGACAAAACAACAUAACUGGAAUUGCUUACAAGGAUGACCCAACAAUUAUGGCUUGGGAGCUUAUGAAUGAGCCAAGAUGCCCCACAGAUCCAUCAGCAACUAUAAUUCAGGCUUGGAUUGAAGAGAUGGCAUCUUACCUGAAGUCCAUAGACCCUCAACAUCUGCUCGAGGCAGGACUCGAAGGCUUCUACAGAAAACCAGAAGAGCAACAGAAUUUAAAUUUCAAAAUCGGAACAGAUUUCAUAACGAACAAUCAAAUUCCGGACAUAGAUUUCGCCACCCUUCACUCGUACCCUGACCAAUGGUUAAAUGGCCAAACUGAUGAAGACCAGCUCUCGUUUCUCAAAGAUUGGCUCGAUAAACAUAUUCAAGACACACAGACCAUUCUCCAGAAGCCACUCCUUAUUGCCGAAUUCGGAAAGUCGUCAAAGGACACAGAGUACACCACCAAAAAGAGAGACGAGCUUUUUAGCACGGUUUACACAUCGAUUUAUUCUUCUGCCAGAGAUGGAGGUGUGGCUGCAGGUGCCCUUUUCUGGCAGCUUUUAACCGAAAAUAUGGACAGCUUUCGGGAUGGCUACGAGAUAGUGUUCACUGAAAGCCCUUCAACAGCCCGGUUGAUUGCAGAACAAUGUCAGAAACUUAAUGAAAUUCGAAAAUUGCACGAUAAACCGAAAUUUUUAUGA